UUAAAAGCAUCUUUUAGAACAGUGAAUUGUUGCAUAUUGGAAUUGAAAAAUACUUGUGUUAAAUGGAAAUUGCAGGUGAUAUUGAGUGGGAAAGGAGGAGGGAGAAAUGAAUGCACAUAUAGUGGUAGAGGGAAAAUACCUCUACUGUGUGCUUCUGCUGCAUUUUUGGCUCUGGCUAUUGCCAUGGUGAUUGAGCACACAUAUUUGUUGAUUGUUGUGAGCAAAGCAACUCCUCCUCAUAUACUUUAUUGGGAUCCUCAUUCUGAUUCUCUCAACUCUCUUGUUUGGCAAGCUGGCUUCUUCUUUGUUUCCACAUGGGUUUCUUUUGCUGUUGCGGAGAUAUUGUUACUAAUAGGGCUAAGUGUAGAGUCUGGACAUCUAAAAAAUUGGGAAAUAGCAAAGGAAAGUUGUUUAGUAGUAGGACAAGGAUUAUUCUCAGCUGCUGGAGUUUUUGGUCUACUGACAGUUUUCUUGGCGGCUGGUUUAUACAUGAUAGCACUAAGAGCACAAAGACUAUUGCUUCAUCAAGAAAGUAUAAGUCGUCAAGUCCUAGAAACCUCUAUGCUUUUUGCAUCUCCACCAACAUCUCCUCGAACUAUCAUUAGACCUGUUCCUAAUGAAAAUCCAAUUUCAACAACAGCUCAGAGUAAUGAACAUACUACUUCAUUAGCACAGUACCUUUCUGACUUUGAUAAGUAUUUAUACUUGGUUUGAAGAAACACAAGACUUCUGAAUUUCUCCAUCCUAAAAAUGCAUUUCAAGUUCGUCCAAGAGCUGAGGAAAAAAAUCUUGUAUGUUUUUACUGUUUUCCUACAAGAUUGAUUUGUAUAUAAGUUUUUACCAACUCCCUUUUUUGUUUAUAGACAUGACUGUUUCUAAGUGUAAGUACUACACCUUUUGAUAUCAAAAGAAUUUUCUGUUGGGAUCUCUAAAAGAACUUAUUGUAAAAUAUGGCCCACGUUGGU